AGCUCCGCGGACCGAUCCCGCCCUCUGUCAUCCUACCAGCCUAUCCGCGAAUGCUAUGUAAUCUUGGAAACCAAUUAGAGAAGAGGAAUCCCUCUCACUGUGUUCUUCUUGGCGAUCUUUUUUAACGACACCCUCCCCUUUUUGCCUCCUAGAGAAGCUGCUGCCGCGCGGAAUAAAGCCCAAAGUCUAGUGGGUUUCUACACCCAGAAAGAAGAAUCGACAAACUUCAUGCGAGAGCUUCUCACCAUGGAUUUGUAUAUAGCAUUUGUGCUAAUUUGAGGAUUAUACACUUCCUUCUUCGCUUUAGCGAUGGGUUUUGCAAAUGCAAGCUCGAAAUACGCGGAUCUUAAAAGCUCGCCACGCUAGGCGACAGAGGAAUUACUAUUUUUUGACUUUUAAAAAAAGUGGUUUGUUUGUGCUCGGUUAACGGCUGCCGUUGUUACGGAUCUUGACCGAGGGGAUAUCAACAAGUUUGAUCCUACUGUGGACCGUCUUCAAGAAGACUUUCUCUCCCUAGUCCUUAGUGUCCUUGGCUUCUUUUUCCAGUGCCAAGUUACCCGGGCGAUAAGGUGCAACCACGCCGGGAGAAGGCUGCUGUUCUCCGGCUAGCUGAGAAGCAGCUUCUCCUUGAAUCGGGGCCUCGUCGGCUAGGCGACAAUGCUCGACAUAAUGUCUGACCACCAAGAUUCACUUUUGACGUGUAAAACGGAGCCCUUGCCUCCAGAAAGAAAAAAGAGGACUGUUGAGGACUUCAACAAGUUCUGCAGCUUUGUUCUGGCUUAUGCAGGCUACAUCCCCAGUCCAAAAGAGGAAAGUUCCUGGUCUCCAACUUCGUCCAGCUCGGCGCACAGCUCAGGGCUGUCGGCGGACGGGGGCGGCGGGGGCAGCAGCUCCAUUGGCAACGCCUGGCCAGACGGGAGCUCUGACAUUCACACCAUCCACACGUUUGUGCGCAAAGCGCGCGCAAACAAGGGCAAGAACAUUCGGCGCAUGCACUCUGACAGCACCCUGUUGGACAAGAUGCGCCUCAAAGACUCUCUGUACGACAGCCAGGCCAGCGCCAAGGCCGAACGCAAGAAGGACAAGAAGCUGAAAAAGCUGUCUCUGGGCUCGGCCACGGCGGCGCCGGACAGCGGCAGCAGCGAGGGCGAGAAGCGGGCCCGCAUCAAGCGCAGCAAGAACUCCUCCAAACAGCCCAAAGCAAAGAAGCUGAAGAGCUCCACCGCCCAGAGCGAGACGGACUCGGAGACGCGGAAUUCGCAAGCCGAGGGCCGAGCCGCCAGGGAGGAGCUGGCGUCGCACGGCGGCUCCACCUCCAGCAUCCACGGCCUGGGGAAGCCCGACGAAUCCAUCAGGGAAGCGGAGAUGAGCUCCAGCGAGGGCGAGACAUGGAUCGCAGACGAAGAUAUCAUGGUGGAGUCAGGCGACGACUCGUGGGACCUGAUCACCUGUUACUGCGGGAAGCCGUUCGCCGGGCGGCCGAUGAUCGAGUGCAACCAGUGCGGCAUAUGGGUGCACCUGUCGUGCGCGAAGAUCAAAAAGUCCAACGUUCCCGACAUCUUUUACUGUCAGAAGUGCAGAGACUUGCGGCGGUCGGGACACAAAAAGGACACCUAAGAAGGACGUUCUCCGCUGUCCUCUCGACAACUCACUUAACUUCGAUGCCUACAGCCAAAACAGCCUAAAUUCUCACCAACUGGGAGGCAACUGGUUCUGCAGUUGCACAAAUUAUUUUGACAAUCAAAAAAAAAAAAACAACAAAAAAAACCAUCUAUUUAUCCCUGGCGUGUUUUUUUUUCUUUUGUUUUGUUUUUGGUUCCCCCUCCCCAUUUUUUUUUUUUUUUUUUUUUUUGCAGACUGUGAAGAACCGGUGGCAGUAGAGAGAACCAUUUGUUGCUUUAUUAAUUCCCACACUAAUUGGCUUUGUGCAUAUUUUUGACUUUUUUUUUUUUUUUUUUUUUUUUUUCCUCCUGAGGGUGCUUUUUUUUUUCCGACUUGUAAAUUUGUAUCUAAAAGAAUACCAAUCCAAGUUAGACGUAUAUUUCGCAUUGACUUAAAAUUGUAACUUAUUGUAUAGCUCAAAAGAAAAAGGAAAUUGUUACUCCGGUUAAUUUGCUUCAAUUAUGUCACGGAUGUUCGACGGGCAGCUUUUUUUUUUUUUUUUUUUUUUUUUUUUCUUUCUCUUCUUCUUUCGACGGUUUUCUGAAAGUUUGAUUUCGGAGGCGCUUUAUUUCUGUCGGUGGUGCUCACCGAACGUCGGCGUAUAAAGUUCUCGCUUCUCUCACUCAAGAGUUGAUUAAUUUAUUAAAAUUUGCAAACUCAUCGCAGUAGGUAUGUUGCAUAUAGAUCUUUUUUUAUUCUUUCAUCUUUUUGGUUUUUCUUCCCAGCAGUCGCGUUGAGAGAGACAAAAAAAAUGUAAAAACCCAGAUAUGUUUCCACUGCAGUCACUGAGAGGUGGUUGAAUGUCUUUGGCUCAUUAAUCCGUCAUCAGUAGCCAACUUGCUUUUGAAUGAGAUCCACGGAGGAAAUCUGUUCAACUUGGUUGUUUUUGAGUGGGAUUUUUUUUUUCUUUCUUUUUUUUUUAAUCAUCUCAUCUUUAUAAGAGUUUGGGUUUGUUAUUGUUGUAAAGCACCUGGUUACGGCUCCUUGUGUUGUCAAGGUUGAGCCUGGGCUCGUUUAUGAACGGCUGUAAAAUAUGUUUUAUUUCAUAUAACUGUUUUAUUCCUUGGCUUUUUGUUUCUUUCCCGUCAAGUGGGAGCAGAGAUGUGCCCACUUCAGGACAAGAGAUCGUCUCGCCUAGAGAACAAAGUUGUGUACAAAAGUGUAAGUUGAGGCUGCAUAGGUUGUGGCGUUGUUUAUUUUCUACCCAUUGUAUUUUGUUGUUGGUUGCGAGAGUCUUAGCAAGUCUCCGGGAGUAGUUGCGCUCUCUGUACAACUUCAGUUCUGUGUACAUAUCCUGUUCUUUGACAACUUGUACAUAUGUGAAAGUGAAAAGAGAGAAUACCCAAGCAAAGUCUAUAUUUUCUGCAGUCUGAUAUUGUUUUUCUUUAACUGUAGCUCGAAUAAAAAACAAAACAAAAAAAAA